AUGUAUUGGUCCAGCAGAUCAAAUAGCUUCGAAAACAGCAAAUCUAAUUUUACAACAAACUCAAUUGGAGGCAAACUAGAGCAGUAUGAUUCUAACUACAUAGAUUACUUAUCAGAGGCAAAACUAUUAUUAGAAAACUGUUCCAAGGCAUGCACAGUUUGGACUUACCCAUACAAUGGAGAUAUCCCUCCACAUGAAGUCUUCCAAGAAAUUAUGAGUCCGGAGUGUAGUAAAAAAUGGUUAUCUGAUUCAGAUGUUAGCACUGUAAUAAGUGAACAAACAUCAAACCUUAAAAGUUGUGAUACGUCAGUUAGUGAUAUAAAUAGUACAGAAAAUAGUCAGGUUAGUUCAGGCAAUGAAGAUUCUAAGGCUUCAACCAACCUUUCUGGUGCUGAUGAGGUUUUUGCAAGUGAUAGUUCCGUAGCAUAUUCAACAAUUCCUGAGGUUUCGGAUGUAUUACGGAAUAUUGAUUGGACAUCAUUAGAUGACCCCAAUUCACCUGUAGAGGAUGUCAGUGAAUUUAUUGAUUAUUUGAAAGAGGUUGGCACACCUCCUGAGGAAGACCCCUCUAUACAAACAAGUAUUCAGUCUUUAAGUUCUGUAUUUAGUUCUUUACGUUCUUUAUCAAGUUCUCGGACGUCAACACCAUGUACAUCCAAAAGUGAUUUUAGUAAACCUGAUGAUAUUAGUGUAUCAAGCAGUCUUUCAUUGGAAAAAUCUAGCGAAACUAUUCUUAAUUCAGAUCAAGAAUUAAGAGCAACUAGUGAUCCAAAAGUUAAAUUUGAAGGUGGAGAUGUGACUACAGAUGUGACUACAGAUGCGACUACUUUUGAAGUAAUUGAUUCUGUGAAUCAGGCAGAGUCAAGUCACAACAAGAGUCAAGAUUCCGAAACAGGAAGUGAGACAUGGUCAGCAGAAAAUAAAUCAGAAAAUAAAUCAAACCAACAGAAUGAUACCAGUUACAUAGAAAUAACCAUGUCUUCAUUACCACAAGGAAAAUCAUUACCAAAUGACAUGGCCACAUUACAAAACGGAACAACAUCUCCGUGUAGCGAUGCAAGUACUGAUGGUUCAACCAAAAGAAGUGUUAGCUUUUCAUUACCGACAACUUCUAUGCAAAGUUCUAUUUCCAAAGUGCCUUCUGGUGCAGGGUUAUCUAGUACACCAGGUAUAGGUUAUAGCAUCAGUAAGACAAAAGGUAGACCAUUGUUCCUAUACCAUACCAAACUUCGAACAACUGUUGCUGAAGGCUAGAAUGACCUUAAUUGUAAGAGAAGAAAACUGGAGGCAUGGAAUAGAUCCAAAUCAGAUUCAAAACAAUGCUGUAACUGUCAGUGCCCCUCCACCACCAGAACCUGUCCAGAAAG